AUGGCGCGGCCGGAUUAUGACGUGGCCAUCAUCGGCGCGGGGCCCGCAGGCCUGUCCGUUGCCCACGCGCUGUCCUCCGCCUCCGGCGGCGCCUGCCGCGUCGCCGUCUUCGAGCGCGUGCCCCGCUUCACGCCGCGCGGCGCGGGUUUCACGCUGCUCGCGAAUGGCCUGGAGGCUCUGCGGGGUAUAUGCCCCCAGGUGUACAAGCGCGUCACUGCGGAGGGCCACCGCGUGCUGCGCGGCCGCAUGUGCAAGAUCGACGGCACCGUGCUGUCUGAGAUGAACGAGGACAGCCACCCCUCGCGCGAGAUGGAGCGCGAAUGGGGCCACCCCUGGGUGUCGUGGGCGUGGUCUGACCUGCAGCAGCUGCUCGCGGACGAGCUGCCAGGCAACGUGUCGCUGCACUUGGGGGAGAAGUUAGAGGGGCUGCGGCAGGCCGGCGGCGACGACGCGCGGGAGGAACAGGGCGGCGGCAGCGGCAACGCUGGCGGCAGCGGCAGCGUUGUGGAGUUGAAGUUUCAAGGCCACGAUAAACCUGUCACUGCGUCAGUGGUGGUCGGGGCCGACGGCUACUGGUCAAAGGUGAGGCAGGCGGCGGUGGGAGACGGACCGCCGUCGGACGUGGGCACCGCGAUGUGGCGGGCGCGGCUGGACCGGGAGUUUGUGGCCGGCUUCGACAUCCCCCACGGCUCAACGGUGUCCUGCCUGGGCGGCGGCAUGGCGUUCCUGCUGUUCCCCCUCAGCAACGACCAGACGGCCUGGGUGGCGUCGACGCCCGCGCAGCGCCUGCAUGAGCUGGGCGUCCAGUGGCCGCCGCAGCGCGAGCAGCGCCCGGGGCAGCAGCAGCUGAUGUCUAUGUUGGGGGGCGGCGGGGACGAGUUUUCGGAGCAGGCCAGGCGGCAGGGCGAGGCCGCCAAGACGCGCGUCCUUGCAGCGUUUGAGCCGCUGGCGGCGCCGAUGCGCGAGCUGAUCGCGGCGACGGACCCCUCAGUCAUUGUGGAGCACGGCCUGUUCAUACGGCCAGCGGAAGACAUGACGGAGCAGGCGUUCGGCAAGGGCCGCGUCGCCAUCGUCGGGGAUGCCGCUCACGCGGUCCGCCCCACGGGGCAGGGCCUCAACAUGGCCUUCGAGGACGCAUACCACCUGGCACGCCACCUGGCGCUGGCGUCCGCUGCCGCGCGGGCGGCGCCCGGCGGCGGCGAGCCCGGCGGCUGGCUGGCGGGCGCGGACGUGGGGGGGGCGCUCGCGGCGUGGCGCGGCGCGCGGCUGCCGCGGGUGGCUCGCAUCAUGGCGCACGCGCAGGCGCAGGGCGCGGCGGCGUACAAGCGGGACGCGACGCCGGUGAGCGCGCCGUUGAGGAUGGGGCCGGAUGAGGUGAAGGCGUGGAACCAGUUUGUCUAUGGCAUCAAGGUGGAACCCCUGAGCGCCCUGGCUGGGCCACCUGCUGCAGUGCAGGAGGGCGCGGCGCAUCCCGCGUGA